UCCCCCACUCUGCCUGUACGACGUGUUCGAGCCCUUGACUGUGUAUGAAGACGUUUCUGUACAUAAACAGGAGCCCUGUGUGUGAAAUGAGAGCGACGCGGAGGCCGGUCCUGCUGCUGUGGCUGCUCCUCUGCUCCGGGGCCGGGACCGAGGCCAUAGAGCCCGUCAGCACCACUAUCGCGGUCGGCGUGGCCGCGACCCUGACGGCGUUCAUCGCCAACUACAGGAACAUUUUCAACUACUUCUACGAGUGCUGCCACCCCGAGUGGAUUGUGUUCAACCGGACAGGUCUCGAGGCUGACCUGAGGAGUAAACUGUUUGGACAGCACAUCGCGUCACGCAUCAUCUUGAAAGCUGUGGAUGGGUUCAUGAACAAUGACAACCCGAAGAAGCCCCUGGUGCUUUCUCUGCACGGGUGGACCGGCACAGGGAAGAACUUUAUCAGCAAGCUGAUUGCUAAUAACAUUUACAAGGAGGGAACCAAGAGCAGCUUUUUUCAUUUAUUUGCAUCCACGUAUCACUUCCCACAUUCAAGUCAAUAUGAGCACUAUAAGUCUCAGUUAAAGGAGUGGAUCAAAGGGAAUGUCACCAGCUGUGAACGCUCCAUGUUCGUCUUUGAUGAGAUGGACAAGAUGCAUCCUGGUUUGAUUGACGGCAUUAAGCCAUUCCUGGACUACUAUGAGAAUCUGGAUGGAGUUUCAUAUCGGAAAGCAAUCUUCAUCUUCCUCAGCAAUGCUGGGUCCGACAGAAUCGUCGAAACAGCUUUAGAUUUUUGGAAUUCAGCAAAAGCUCGAGAGGACAUCCAGCUGAAAGACCUGGAAUCCUUGCUCUCUAUGUCGGUGUUCAACGACCAACAAAGUGGAUUUUACCGUACAAGUUUGAUUGACAAGAACCUGGUGGACUUCUUCGUCCCCUUGCUGCCUCUGGAGUCCCGGCACAUCGUCCAGUGCACCAUGGCCGAGAUGAUAUCCAGAGAAAUGAAGCCAAACCUGACUUUGGCAGAAUUAGUGGCCAAGGAUUUAAUCUAUUUCCCCAAAACUGAGAGGGUCUUCGCUGCGACAGGCUGCAAGACGAUAGAAAGCAAGCUGGACUACUACUUGUAACAUCACCAUGGGAUGGACCUUCAAACACUGCACUUUUUAAAAUGAGAACCCGCUCUCAGCCAAAUGACUAAAGAGGGGGAGUCGAGACACCUGUAGAGGGCUUCUUCAGAGGUUUCUGUGUGAGCCCGUAUCAUCUUCUAUGCUACAUCUCGCUUACACUGAAUGACGGGGCUAAUGGAAGCACACAGUGCCAGCUGAAUGAAGAAAACAAUAAGAUAAGACCGCCGUCCUUUGUAACGGAUGAAGAGGUUUCUUCAGUUUUUUUUACGUCACACAACAGUGAGUUUUAAAGAUGCCGUCGUUUUGCUGAGUCUUAAAGGUGCCCUGAUCUAGGUUCGUGGUUUCCUGGUUAACACUUGCCUUAAUUCUUACUGUUAUGAUUUUCGUAGUAUCUGCUGUCCUUUUUAUGAAUGUCCACGAGUUCAUUAGCCGUUGGACUGAAACUCUCACUGUUCAAAUACGGAACUAUAUGAUGCAAAAAAUUGUAUUGUAUAAUAUCGGCAUUACCAACACCGACUUUUUUUAUGCUGCACGGCCACGGACUUUUGAAAUCUGGUUUGGUUUGAUACAUUGCAAAACACAGUAUGAGUGAGACAGUACAUUAUUGAAAUUGUUGUGUACAUAGUAAAAUAUUGAAAUAUCUAGGUGAACAUUUUUCUAAGGAUAAUCAUACAGAGCAUCUUUCUACACAAUGUCUGGAGCUGUGAAUGAGCUCAGGAUAAUAUAACUGCUACACAAAAAAAUGUAAUUUACCAAAAUUAUUUUUAUCGUUAAAAAAAGAAAUGCAGAUGUUUCAUGAUUUUUAAAAGGAGUUAAUAUUAUGCCCUAGUUUACCGACAAUGUUUUUUUUAAUCAAAUCACAAUACCUUUCUUUAUUGCAGUUUUUUUCAUAGUCAUUCAAAGCCCUGCCUAAACAAUUUGAAAGAUUUUCUUAUGUUGGUUUUUCUAAAUCUGCAUUGACACUUAAAAAAGCUUCAGCUAAAUCUGUGCAGGAACUGUAUAGCUGUGGAUGUGAAGCUGACGUCUGCAAGCGUCUUUCCUAACUUUCUUGUUUAACACCACCUGGAAAACAAAUCGCAAAUAAAAUAAGAAAUUUUA